AUGUCAAGAAAGGCACCUAAAACUUUGUUCACCGAUCAAGAUGCUGCAAUGGCUAAAGCCAUACCCAUCGUUAUACCUGACACAAGUCACCGAUUGUGUACUUGGCAUUUGAUGCAAAAUGCAUUAAAACAUGUUAACUGUUUGUUCCAAGAUAAGGAGGUGAAGGGUGUACUAAAUAAAUUCUUCUUUCACAUUGAAGAUGCAAAUCAAUGGAAGUUAGAGUGGGCGGAAAUGCUUGAUAAAUAUGAUGCGCAUGAAAACCAUUGGUUAAAAUUGACUUUUGCGGUGAAAGAAAAAUGGGGCUGGCCUUACGUUAGAUCAACAUGGGCUACGGGAAUGAGUACCACGCAACUUAGUGAAUCUUUUAAUGCCUUUUUGAAGGAUUACAUUCGUUCUGAUUUUAACUUAAAUGAAUUUUUCAUGCAUUUCAAAAGAGUACUUUACGAGAAGCGAUACAAGGAGUUAGAAACAAGAUAUGCUUUGUGCCAAAGGUUGCUAAAGGUGAAAGCAACAAUAAGAAUGUUAAUUCAAAUGGGUAAUGUCUACACAAAAAAUAUCUUUGAGGAAUUCCAAAAUGAGUACUUUCAAUCCAUUGAAUUGGACAUAGAAACAAUUGAAUAUGGGGAGGCUAGUACCAUUUACACAGUUGUUGAUGUUGGUAACAAAUAUGCAAGGAAAGUGAAGAUGGAGAGGGAUGGCUCUUUGGGUUGUAAUUGUACAAAGUUUGAAAGGGAAGGAAUCUUGUGUUGUCACUCAUUGAAGGUUAUUAGAGACAUAUUGAAGAUGAAAGAGGUUCCUCCACAAUAUAUUCUAAAGAGGUGGACCAAACAAGCAAGAGCCGAAACUGUAAAGGACAUUACGGGGAAUGACAUUCAAGUAGAUGUGAAAUUCCAACAAGCCUCGCGGUAUAAGACAUUGAUGACCGCAUUUAGAGCACUAGCAAGUAGAGCUGCCGAAACCGAAGAAACUUAUGAUUUUUGUAUUGCACAGCUUGCUACAUUAGGUGCAAAUGUUGAAGGCAAGUUAAGUGCUCAUUUUGGUGUUGGAAAUGAAGUAGGUAAUGAUGAUGACAACCAAAGCUUUGAAGUGGAUUGCGAAGACGUGAAUCAUGUUGUGCAACCAAAAGGAUUGAAGAAAAAGAGAUCUUUGCUCAACCGAUGGUGGUCAUCGCGGUGGAGUUCACGAAGCGUAGAGGCUGGAGCGGUGGAGUUCGCCGUUGGUGAGGAUGGGUUCGCCGGUAAGGAUGAGGAUGGGUUCGACAGAGGAGAGUGUUGUGUGAGAGUGAGAGUGAAUCCCUUCUGA